AUAAUCACUAAGCAGUGGCAUUUCACCGCUUCUAGUGCACGUGAACUUUUCGGGAAACAGAUUCCACUUUCCAGAACACAGACCUAGAGUCUAGAGAGUGCAGAGGGGCCAUGGCCGGAGCGAUGGCGAGAAUACCAGUGUUUCACCGGAGUUUUCAGUCUAGUGAAGGCGAGGCUGAAUUGUUCGGCGGAAAGCCGAGCAUGCCUGAUAUGUUUUUCGGAUUUCUAGACGAAGGCGAAGAGUCGCCGGAGAGAUGUUUCGAUAAUGGCGGUGGGCAAAACCAAGAUGGAGUUGACUUCCUCGUCAACGAAGAGGAAGAGGAGGAGGAGGAGAAUACUAACAGUGCCGAGCAGACCAAAGCUUUCUGGGAGAAGCAGCACCAGCUUGUGCACGCAACGUUGUCCAGGACUAGUUCUCUGGAAUCAAAGAUCAGACAAGCCACCAAAGAGGCCCUAAGAGAAUCCCAGUUGAAAGGAAAUAUUUGCGUUUGCCGGAGGCCGGUAACCGGAGGUUGCCGGAGUUGCUUGCAGCGAGAAGUUUCGGACCAUCUUCGCAAGGCCGGUUACGACUGUGCCAUAUGCAAGUCCAAGUGGAGGAGCUCUCCAGACAUCCCAUCAGGAGAACACACCUACCUGGAUGUGCUGGAGAAAAGUCCUAAGAAGGGGGAGGUGAGAGUGGUGAUUGAAUUGAAUUUCCGGGCUGAGUUCGAGGUGGCAAGAGCAAAGGAUGAAUACAACCGGUUAAUCAACCGGCUUCCCGAAGUUUUCGUUGGAAAGGCUGAAAGGCUAAGAACCCUAAUCAAGAUCUUGUGUUCUGCUGCUAAGGAAUGCUUGAAAGAAAACAAGAUGCACAUGGCCCCUUGGAGGAAGCACAAGUACAUGCAAGCCAAGUGGUUCGGACCGUGCGAACGAACCACGCCGGCUCCAUUGUUUCCGGUGGGAUUUUCUGACCGGCCGGCAAAGCCAAGAGCGUCGAUGCUAACGUUCGACUUGCUAGAGAAAUUGCCAAACCUACAUUGUACAGCGGUUGAAGUUGUGUGAUUCAAAGAUCAAAACUCAGUUUUGUUUCCUUUCUUACUUGUAUCACUUUGAAGCUUACAGUAUAUUCUCCUCUGUAAAUUUCGAAGAGAAUAAAAAUAUAUAUAGAAGGAUAAAAGAAUUAUUAAUCACAGAAACAAGAUUUGUUUGUUUGCCGCCUUUUUUUCUUCCUUGUAAUACAGAGUUUUGUUGUUUGAGAUUGGUGUUAUAAUCAAAUACAGAUGAUUUCGGAAGAAA